GUAUCAUCUGAGCGGUCGUCGUUCUCAACAUAACUAUGCUGUCAAUCUUUUGACUUCUUGUUCCUUUAAAAAGAAUACUGCCUAUUCGUUUUCUCCAACUCGCCUAGAAUGGAGUCUUCCAACACUCAGCGACGGAUCACGAAGCGAUCAUCAUACGCCUGCUCGCGAUGCCGGAGACAGAAGAUCAAGUGUUCGGGGCUUCACCCGUGCAACAACUGCACUCAGCGGCGGCUGACAUGUAUAUUCGAUGAACGAGAUAACAAGGUCAUGGUGACACAAGGUUACCUGUCCGAACUACAACAAAAAGUUGCGCGGUUGGAACGGGCCCAAGCAAGAGCCUUUACGGAACAGAGCUUGAGGGAUCUCGACGGCAAUGGUGCCGAUAGCAUCACUCAUCGCGAAGGGUCCAGUCCCAUCUCUGACGAGAAGCGGAGGCCCAGCUACCAUAGCCCUGAAAGAGCACCUCGAGACUCGCCACCCAGAGAUGGAGAGGAUCCAGAUUUGACAAAUCCCCUCACGACAACGCCAUCCAGAUUUUGCAUGUCUGCUUCAAACGGCCAACCUUAUUUCUUAGGCUCCUCCUCAAACUGGUCGUUCUCUCGGCAAGUUCUGAGCGUGACACACCAACACGUUUGCCAAUCUCCGCUUCCGACCAACAGUCUCCUAUUCGACGGUUGCGCGUAUGAUCUCGGAUGGGACGGCUCUAGAACCACGCAAACAUUGGACAACCGGUUGAUACCGAGCUAUGACUACGCCAUCUUCCUCAUCAACGCGGUCAAGUUCCAUUGCGGCCAAAUGUUCCAUCUCUUCGAAGAGGACGAGUUCAUGGCCAACAUGCACACCUUUUACUCAAAAUCUUCUACUGACAGGGCAGAAGAAGACAGUCUCUGGUACAUACACUUUCUGGUGGUUCUGGCCUUUGGGAAGAGCCUCAUCCAACGAAAGAGCCAAGGCAAGAGACCGGCUGGGGCCGAGUUCUUUGUAAGGGCGCUUCAACUUCUCCCCGAUGUCACCGCCCUUUGCAAGCAGCCGAUCUUAUCGACGGAGAUACUCUGCUGUAUGGCGUGGUAUUACCAAGCUCUGGAUUUCCGGCAUGCUGCUCAUAACUUUAUCGGGCAGGCCAAAAGUGUAGCAAUGAACCACGGCAUGCACACGGAUAUGCCGGUGAUGGAAUUAGGACCGGGCCUUGUGCAACGAUGCCGCAAAAUUUGGUGGACCGUUUACGUUUUGGACCGACAGAUGACUUCGCUGAUGGGUCUUCCCCAGUCCACACUGGAUGAGGGCGUCUACUGCCAACUGCCUUCAUAUCCGGGCUCUGUCCAUCGCACGGCCGCGUUGAGCAUGCAGAUCAAGUUCGCCCGAAUCAUUGCCGAGAUUAGCAGCACUGUUUACGGUGCAAACGGGCGACUGAACAAGAAGUUCGUCCUGAGCACAAAGGCGGUCCUGCAGAGCAUCGUCUCGGUGGCCGACGAGCUGCGAACCUCGUUUCCGCUGUAUGCUGACGAGCGUUUUGACGGCAUCUCGAGGCUUUCUGCCCACCUACACCUCUUGUACUACCAGUGUAUCAUUCUGGCGACGAGACCUUUGCUACUGUGCUGUCUGAUCAAAAGAUUCGAUGCGCCCCUCGAGGCCGACUCGCUCAUGGCAUCGCCAAAAGUCCGAAACCCGCUGCAAAUGUGCGCGGAAUCCGCCGUCCAAAUUCUCAACAUCCUCGACAGAUUGAGAAGCCAGGGUUUGCUUGAAACGUUCCUCCCCUUGGAUCUUGACUCUCUCUUCGUAUCAACGGUCGCCCUCCUCGUCGCUCGCGGUGUCGACUCGCGCUUGAUAGAGAGCCAGUCACCUUGGCUUGAGAAGUCAAACGCCAUUCUUGAGGAAAUGGUUGCCGGCGGAAAUCUCAUCGCCGCGUUCCGCAAGAAUGAGAUGCAGAAGCUGGAGGAGAUGCUCGUGGAGUUCGAGGCCAGCCGGCCUCGCGCAUCGGGUGAAUCUAUUGCUGCCCCCACAGGGAUAUCGUGGCAGCAGGCGGACACGACUCUUCAGGCGUCGGCGCGGGGAGAGGUGCAAGAGCCCAUUAGCCAGGACAACUUGCCAGUUUGCAGGGAGUUCACCACAGACAGCAGUAGCCAGGCGGAGGACUUAACUACGCAGCAGAUCAUCGAUGUGGUCAACUCGAUGGAGUGGGAAGACAAUGAGUGGAUGUCCUUCACAACCAUUCAAGACGAAGUUUAAGAUAGU